GGAUUUCUCAGAGCACAGAAUGAGAGAUGCUGCUUGUGGUGGAGGGGCUGAGGAGCACUGUGAGGAAGGAAAAGGAGGGAAAGGAGGGGUGAGAGGAGAACAGAAUACGUUGCCUGUGCACAACUGGAUGCAGCCGGGAGUGCACUAGCGCCUGUGGGAGGCAAGAAAAAGAACCUGCCUGGAAUGGAGGAGAGCGAUGCAGCACAGCUGCUGUUGUCAGGACUCCCUCCACCUUUCAUCUGCCGCCACACUGGAUUCUGCGUUAAUGAGAAAGAGUCAGAGCAGCUCUGGGAUGCCUAAGAGACCAGCUGCUUGUGUUCAACUUUGACAUGAUGCUUAGAGCAGGAGAGGCGACCACUUUCCAUGUACUGCUGCUGAUGCUGCUUCCAUCUCUGUGCUGGUACCACCUGUGUCACUCUCUUCUACCUCAGGCCACAAAUGACAUUUCCAAAAAGAGGAAACAGCCUAGCUCGUGGAUGGCAUGUUGUAGAAGAAGACAGGAGGCUCCAAAUCUCUCCUCCUAUGCAAAAGCAGAAGAUAAACUGUUCAAAUACCUCUUUCAAAACUACCAGAAAUGGGUUCGUCCAGUGGAGUACCUAAACCAGACCAUCAGCGUGAAGUUCGGGUUGGCCAUCUCCCAGCUGGUUGAUGUGGAUGAGAAAAACCAGUUAAUGACAACUAAUGUUUGGAUGAAACAGGAAUGGGUUGAUAUGAAAUUGCGAUGGAGCCCUGAAGACUUUUUGGGCAUCACAACCAUCCGUGUUCCCUCAGACAGGAUCUGGCUUCCUGAUGUUGUACUUUAUGACAAUUCAGAUGGACGUUUUGAGGGAACUAUCACUAAGGCUGUCGUCAAGUACAACGGAACCAUUUCAUGGAAUCCACCAGCCAACUACAAGUCCGCCUGCACCAUCGAUGUCACCUUCUUCCCAUUUGACCUCCAGAACUGUUCAAUGAAGUUUGGAUCCUGGACCUAUGACGGCUCACAGGUGGAUGUCCUUCUGGAAGAUUUUCAUGUGGAUAAGCAGGAUUAUUUUGACAAUGGGGAAUGGGAGAUAGUGAAAGCAACAGGCAGCCGUGGUCUCAGAACUGAUGGCAGCAGUUCCUAUCCCACCAUCACCUAUUUCUUUAUUAUCCGUAGGCUGCCUCUUUUCUACACUCUCUUCCUCAUCAUCCCUUGCAUCGGCUUGUCCUUUCUUACCAUCCUUGUCUUCUAUCUGCCCUCAAACGGUGGUGAAAAGAUCUCUCUCUGCACCUCUGUGCUGGUGUCACUCACAGUCUUCCUCUUGGUCAUUGAAGAGAUCAUCCCUUCGUCUUCCAAGGCAAUCCCUCUUAUUGGGGAAUACCUGGUCUUUACCAUGAUCUUUGUCACACUCUCAAUCGUCAUCACCGUCUUUGCCAUCAACAUCCACCAUCGCUCCUCAUCAACACAUCAUGGCAUGGCACCGUGGGUGAGAAAGAUUUUCCUACAUCGGCUACCUAAGCUGCUAUGCAUGCGCAGCCAUGUGGACCGGUACGCUGCAGCCAGAGUGCCUGAAUCAGAAAGAAAUAUUGGAUUAGGAAAUAUAAAAAAUCCAACUCCUGAGCUCACUCCACUUCUCUACACCCAGCACAACCUCAAAGCAGCUUUGGAAUCUAUUCGCUACAUUACCAUGCACGUGGUUAAAGAAAACCAGGUCAGAGAGGUGGUGCGAGACUGGAAGUUUGCCGCUCAGGUCCUGGAUCGAAUGUUUCUGUGGGCCUUCCUUCUGGUGUCAGUUCUUGGAUCUGCUCUCCUUUUCAUCCCAGUCAUUCACAAAUGGGCCAGCAUCAUUGUCCCGACUCAUCCCGGCAGUACUCUCUAGAAACGUCUUUAAUCACAAUGGGAAAUGAAAGAAAAGCACAUUAACUGAUCUUCAGACCAUCUGAGACAUUUUAAUGACAGUGCAGACUAGUCACAACAUAUCUUUGCAUUUGAUUUCUGAGAUUCAAUUGUGCCAGAAAUAAUGCUGCAAUUCUGAACACAGUUAUGACUGGACAUGUGCAUUUUAUGGUAUUAUUUGUACUAUUAUUCUAAACUUGUUUCUAAAGAGCAGCUGGACAGGAAAAGCAACAAAAGAAAACAUAGAUACAUAUUCUAGUAGUUUAAAUCAUGACAACUGUCAUAGUAAUGGACAGGACAACAUAAUGCAGGAAGAACAUGUCCUUUGAGUAAAAGCAUGUCAUUAAUAUGGCUUUCUUUUUGUUUCAUUUUGUUCUAUUUUGCAUUUUUCUUAAUGCGUAGAUCUGCAGAAUAUUUUGCAUUAGGACACUUGUAAUUCUGUUGCAUAAUUUCAGCAGUAAAACGCUUUUUCUUUUUAUCAUAAGCUUUCUAAAAAGAGGCAUUCUGGAAAACAUUUUCUGAGCUAAACAUAAGAGCCUGUUUGCUGACUCCCUGCAGAUUUUCUUGGAAGGGCUUAAAGUUCCCCUGCAAUCUGUUUCCUUCCAGAGAAAACAUCUUAAAUUCCUUCUAAGCGUGGGUCACAUGUUGUAGUAAAAACAAAUUUCAGGCAUGAUUUUGGUCUUUGGGCUGCCCAACCAAAGUAUUGGAGAGCUACUGUAACAGAGUUUAUGUUGUAGAAUUCCACUUGCUUUAUAUUAUCAGUGCAAUGGGAAAUAGCGCCCUCCUCUCUGUGUGGCUGGUUAUAUGUUGCUGGCCCCUGUAAUCAGUGCCAGUCUAUGGAAGCUGCACGAGAGGUGAGUUUCAUUCCUCAACACACAGCACGGAAAAGUGUUAGAAACACAUAAAAUAUCAUUUUUAAUAACUUACACCAAUAGUGUGCGACUACUAUUUACAAUUUGUGUGCCUGGCACCAAUUUUGUACAUUUAGUUUUGUUAAUAUUGUGAAACACUUUCUGUGUUAAGUUAAAGCUACCGGUAACAUGACGCUCUGUUGUAGUGUGCUGAGGGAAGCUGAGCCAUUGCAUUGAUUCCAACCCAAUUUGUUCUCAUUCAGGUACAUCAAUUAUUAUUGUAUUUUUCAUUGAAUGAUGAAAAUAUUAAUGUUUUACUGUAAUCAGUGCCAGUCUAUGGAAGCUGCACGAGAGUGUGCUGAGGGAAGCUGAGCCAUUGCAUUGAUUCCAACACGAUUUGUUCUCAUUCAGGAAAUAAACUGCCUGUUCA